GCACAGAGCAGCGUCUCCCCAGUGACACGAGGGAGGGUGUUGCAAAUGAACAAGGAGAGGAAAAGACAAAUCCCCUGCCCAGCCUCUGGUACGUGGGGGAUGGAGUCGUGCAGCCAUUUGCAAAUGCACAAAUGCAGGCAAGGCUGGAAGGUGAAACAAGACUGACUGACCAGACAGGUCGUCUGCACAUAUGGCAGGGCUGGAUCUGCUGCUGGGGACCCACCCAACUGGCAGCAGUGCAACAAGGGGAGACUCAGUCCUUGAUGACUUACCCAACUACCUCUCCCAGCUGGUGUCAGCCAAACACACGCUUCUCAGCCUUUAAGCUGCACAAAGCCUCGUUUCCCUGGAAGCGGCAUUUCAGAAGGUUUUUUUGGCCCAGCUCCCUCUUGAGGGUCUCAGCGCACGCCAUGUAUGCACAGCCACGAGCACCCUCGCGCCAGGGCUGGGCUACGUGCAGGAUCGCAGCGCUCCGCACUGGCGGGCUGGUGAGAAGCUGCCCAUGCUGCGGGGACUCGAGAUCUUGGACCCCCAGCAACAGCCAAGCCUCGGGGUGCUGCGGGAGCUCGGCGUUCCUCGGAGGGCCCCCCUGGCAUAACACCUAGUCACCCGCAAGGGAGGCUUUGGACCUUGUGUGUUGCAUUCUUAGAGAGUAUACCCUGCUCGAGGAGGCUUUUUAAACUAGUGUUAUCACACCUUGGCCAUGAAUGGAUACUUGGGUGAAUCUGACUUCACGAUGGUGGAGGAGGGCUUCACCGCCAGAGACCUCCUGGAGAACCUCCUCGUAGAGCUGUGCCAGACGAGCGACCAGGGAACCUACUUUAUGGCGGACCUCGGCGACAUUGUGAAGAAACAUCUGCGCUUCCUGAAGGCCUUGCCCCGCGUGACAACUUACUUCCCUGUUAAGUGCAACAGCAGUGGAGGAGUGGUACGGCUGCUGGCCGAGCUGGGGGCAGGCUUUGCCUGUGCCAGUAAGGCAGAGAUUGCCCAGGUUCGAAGCAUUGGGGUUCCAGCUGACAAGAUCUUCUACUGCAACCCGUGCAAGCAGGUUGCCCACAUCAAAUAUGCAGCCAGCCAUGGCGUGCAGCUGAUGACCUUCGACAACGAGGUGGAGCUGAGUAAGGUGGCCAGGAGCCACCCUCAUGCCAGGAUGUUGUUGGGUAUCGCUGCUGACUUCAGCCCCUCUGCCUGUCCGAGUGUGAAGUUUGGGGCUACCCUCACGUACUGCCGGCACCUGCUAGAGAAGGCAAAGGAGCAGGCUGUGGAAGUAGUUGGCAUCAGCUUUCACCUUGGGAGUCACUGUCUGGACCCCCAGGCCUUCUCUCAGUCUGUAGCCGAAGCCCAGCUGGCAUUUGAGAUGGGCACGGAGCUGGGCUACCAGAUGCACAUCCUGGACAUCGGUGGGGGAUUCCCUGGUCCUGAGGACACGAGAGCCCGUUUUGAAGAGAUUGCUGCCGCGAUAAACUCUGCCUUGGAUUUGUAUUUCCCAGAAGGCUGCGGGGUGGAGGUUGUGGCGAGACCAGGGCGAUAUUACGUCACCUCGGCCUUCACCUUUGCAGCCAGCGUCACUGCCAAGGAAGAGGUUCCUCCGGGCCAGCCUGGGUCAGAGGAGGAAGAGUCUGGCAGCAAGAAGAGCAUCGUGUAUCACCUGAGCGAUGGCAUCUAUGGCUCCUUUAACUGCGUCCUGUUUGACAGCCCCUGUCCCAGGCCUCAUCUGCACAAGAAGCCCUGCCCAGAUCACCCCUCGUACAGCAGCAGCCUCCGGGGUCCCCCAGGGCAUGCGGAGGACCGGAUUGCUGAUGGCUUGGAGCUACCCGAGCUGCAGGUCGGGGACUGGCUGAUUUUUGAGGACAUGGGUGCCUACACCAUCACAACUUCAUCCCUGCUUGGUGGGUGUCCCCAGCCACAGAUCACCUACGCCAUGUCCCGCGUGGCCUGGGAAGCCGUCCAGCUCUUUCAGGGGAAGCCGCCACAAGCAGAGGAGGAUCGUGAGAGCCUCUGCACUCCCCUGUCCUGUGGCUGGGAGAUUGCGGAGACGCUGUGUGUCCCCCCUGUCUUCACUCCCACUGGUAUCAUCUGAACAGCAACAGGAACAAGGGGGAAAGGUCCUGCACCGCCAGCGCUCCGGCAGCACCUCCUGCGCUGCCUGCCGCUCUUACGUGGAACCCACAGGGUAGAUUUUUAAGUAUGCAACAUAAAUCCUGUUCCUCCUG